GAAACGAAGCGAAACAUGUCUUCUGCCUCCCCCACGGGCGAGGUGGCGAGCGCGGUGGAGAUCAAGCAGGAGAAUGCGAUGGAGGUGCCCCCCGACGGCCCGUUCCCCGCCGAGCGCGCAGGCUCCGAGGACGGAGCCGCCGAGCAGAUCCUGCUGCACGCGGAGCUGCUGGCGAGGAACCACCACGCUGCCUCCUCUCCUUCCUCCUCCUCUUCCUCCUCCUCCUCCUCCUCCUCGUCGCAGACCCCCCUGGCUUUCUCCCCGGACCAUGUCGCCUGCGUGUGCGAGGCGCUGCAGCAAGGUGGGAACCUGGACCGCCUGGCCAGGUUCCUCUGGUCUUUGCCCCCGAGCGAUCUGCUACGUGGCAACGAGAGCCUGAUGAAAGCCCGGGCGCUGGUGGCUUUCCACCAGGGCAUCUACGCCGAGCUGUACAGCAUCCUGGAGAGCCACAACUUCGACUCCUCCAACCACCCGCUGCUGCAGGAGCUCUGGUACAAGGCUCGUUACACCGAGGCGGAGCGAGCCCGGGGCAGACCCUUGGGGGCGGUGGACAAGUACAGGCUGCGGAGGAAAUUCCCGCUGCCCAGGACCAUCUGGGACGGCGAGGAGACGGUCUACUGCUUCAAGGAGAAGUCCCGCAACGCGCUGAAGGAGCUCUACAAGCAGAACCGGUACCCCUCGCCCGCAGAGAAGCGCAACCUGGCCAAGAUCACCGGGCUCUCCCUCACCCAGGUCAGCAACUGGUUCAAGAACCGCAGGCAGCGGGACCGGAAUCCUUCCGAGACCCAGUCCAAAAGUGAGUCAGAUGGCAACCCAAGCACAGAAGAUGAAUCCAGUAAAGGGCAGGAGGAUUUGUCUCCCCAUCCGCUCUCCAGCUCAUCUGAUGGUGUUACCAGCCUCAGCCUUCCCAGCCACAUGGAGCCCGUCUACAUGCAGCAGCUCGGAAACACUAAAAUAGCCUUGAGCUCAUCUGGCGUUCUGUUGAAUGGAAACCUCGUGCCUGCCAGCACCUCUCCUGUCUUUCUUAAUGGGAGCUCUUUUCUUCAGGGACCCAAUGGUGUCAUUCUCAAUGGACUCAGCGUCGGGGCUUCGCAGACAGUUACCUUAAAUUCACCCAAAACCACAUCGAGCGUUGUGAGCAACGGGGUGUCCAUUACAGACAUACUGUCGUCUUCGUCAGAAGAUGUUAAGGACUUCAAACUCCUUCAGGCUUCGGUCCCCAGUGCUGCAGCAGCCACCUUCAGCCCCACCAACAUCCCGGUCUCAUUCCCAGGGUUGAUACCGAGCUCAGAAGUGAAAAGGGAAAGCGUACAAACUGCUGCUUCCCAAGACGGAGGCUCUGUGGUUACUUUUACUGCUCCUGUCCAAAUAAACCAGUAUGGCAUUGUCCAGAUCCCCAAUUCAGGAACAAAUGGCCAGCUGCUGAACGGAAGCAUUGGUUUUUCCUCUCUGCAGCUGCCUCCAGUUUCUGUGGCAGCUUCACAAGGUAAUAUUUCAGUAAAUCCCAGCACAUCUGAUGGAGGAACUUUUACAACUGAGUCUUCAACAGUACAGCAAGGAAAGGUUUUCUUCAGCCCCCUCACUCCAAGUGCAGUUGUUUAUACGGUUCCCAAUUCCAGCCAGGCAGUAGGCUCUGUCAAGCAAGAAGGACUGGAAAGAAGCCUUGUGUUUUCUCAGUUGAUGCCAGUCAGUCAGAACACGCAACUAAAUGUUAACAUGUCUUCUGAAAAUCUAUCCAGUGGAGGACUCCAGUCCCUGGCCUCCUCGUUAGUGAAUGUAACUCCCUCGCAUAAUUUUUCCCUCACCCCACCAACUCUUUUAAAUGCUGCAGAACUGAACUCUGGUGUCUCGGAGAGCCAGUCCAUGUCAUCGCCUGUGACCAGUACCUCUACCGUGAUAUCUAUCAGCAACACUAACUAUGCAACUCUUCAGAACUGUUCCCUCAUUACCAGUCAAGAUCUGUUGUCCAUUUCUACAGCGCAGCCUGUGCUUGGAGAAAUUGUUUCUACGAGUGGAGACCGUGUCAGCCACCCCUCUGAACAAGUGCAUCAGGAUUUUGUCAGAGAGCACAGGUUAGUUCUGCAAGCUGUACCUGAUGUCAAGGAGAAUUUCUUACCUAGUUCUGAGAGUAAGUCAACUGGCAAUUUAAUGAUGCUGGAUUCAAAAUCCAAGUAUGUUAUGAGUAACAUGGUUGACACGGUUUGUGAAGAACUGGAAACAGACAAAAAAGAACUUGCCAAACUGCAGACAGUUCAGAUGGAUGAAGAUAUGCAAGACUUGUAACUUCUUUUUUCUUGCUUUGUUUUAAUAGAUAAGUCUCCUAUUGAGGCCCUAACAAGCACCAAGUCGGGGGAGGGGGUGUUUGGUUGCUGGGUGUUUUUUUCCUUUAAAGAAAACAGAAGGACAUUUAAGGGGUCUGAAUCAAUGUACAGAGGAGUCUCCAGCAAAAGAUUUAGGUAGCCACACUUGGUUUGCAUGCAGUAUUCUCUUCUAAGCAGCUUAAAGGAGAAAGGAAAUGCAAAGGCAAGUACUGAGCAAAUGAGUACAGGUUUGGCUAAGAGAUACUACCCUGAUAAUUUAACUAGACUCUCAGUAGUACAACAUACUCUCAACAGUAAGUAUACACUCCUAACUUUACAUACAAAACAACAAUCUCGCUCCAUAAGUGUAGAAACAAUGCAGUCAUUUUUGCUGUUUACUUCUAGUCCAUGGGCAUUCAGAAGUUUUUAAGGAACUCUAGACGAUACCUCACCGGCUACUUUUAUGUUGUUUGAGGUUAAGAAACAAAACAGAAUCAUGAACAAUAUUGUUACUGGUGUGUUUGCUUUUUUCCCCAGCAAACUUGGCAUUCAAACCAAAAAUCUGUCAUGAAACACUUACAGGUUCCUAAAUGCUACGGCUAGCAUUUUGUCAGUGCACCAGAAAAAGCGUCAUUAGAAACUCUAAUUAUGCAACUCAGAAGCUUUCUCUCCAGUAUGAAUGUAAAUAUUGUUUCAGUUCUUAUAAAGGAGACUUUUUUUUUUUUUAAAUUAGUACAAUGGAUUUUAUUUAUGGUUUAUGUUCCCUUUCACUUUAGACACAAUGCAUUGGAAAGGAAAACAUUUUCUGGCUGUUUAAUUUAUUUUUAUUGUUUGAGCAGGAAGUAAACGUAGUUAUUUCUGACAAGGUUUUACCUUUUAUUUUUUUUUGUAGUUUUUCAAGCAAUAGACUGUAAAAGUAAAACGUUAAUCACACUGAAACUAGAAAAUGAACUCCCAGUCUCACAAACCCAAGAGGUCCCUGUCUCUACUCCCUCUGUCUUAGUGUUCAGGGUUUUUUUGUUUGUUUUGUUAGUAAUUUGCUAAUUAGUUGAACCUUUUUGUGUAUUUUUUACAGAAUUCCAUGUGCCUUUCUUCCUAGUGGCCUUAUCUUUGUUACUAAAGCACAGUGGUAGGAGGAAUAAAAACACUGAUUUGCAAAUAUCCGUCCUCAGGGCCAAAUCCUGAUGCCUUACUUCUGCAAGUAGCCCCGCUGAUAUCAGUGCCCCUACUUGCAUGAGUAAGAGGAGUUUUCAGUCUUUCAGUCAUCGUGGGUGACAUUUACUGGCGGUGCAGAGAGUCAAAGAUAGGUCCUUCUGCACCACGUCAGCAGGGCAGGAGGAGUCCAGAGAGGGACCACGGGCAAAGCCGUGCUGCUGAGCGAAAGGUCUUGGCUCCAGCCUUGGGCAGAUGAGCAGGAAAGGUUGGAUGGGCAGGCCAAGGAAGGGAGCCCCGUGCUUAUGCAGACCCAUUGGCCAAAUCACCUAUGUGGAAGGGCUUCAGCUGCUGCUCAAGCAAGCAGGCCCCCAUCCAGGAGUGCAAUUAAGCGUGUAUUUUUAUAUCCUUCCAGAAUAAGCAGCAUGGGGGCUGACAGUGGGAACUGCAGCUGCCCGAAGGGCUCAUGGGAGCAGCCGUGGGCUCUGCCUGGCUGAGGAGGAUGGGUCUCUCCCUUUUGUGCUGUGCUGGGGACAGCAGGAGGGCUCUGGGCAGCUGGUUCAGGUCUUACCUUUCCUCCAGAGGAGUUGUAGCAUGGAAAAGCACAUCCUUAAGCUUUAAACUAAUAAUAAGAAUGCAGAUGUAUAAAGACUACAUGCUGUUAAUUUUAGUGGGUUUGUUUUGUUAUUUUUUAUUCUAAUGUGGAUAUAUACAGUAAUUAGAGCAUGUAUUCAUCCUCCUCAGGGGCCUGGUCCGAAGCCGUCGGAAGGCAGUGGGAAAUGUUUUCAUAAGCUUCUGUGGGCUCUGAGUCAGGUUCAGGACAGAACAAGAUCACUUAUAAAGGACAAAACAUGGAAAGGAAAGAGAAUAGAGGUAGCCCAUCUCAGUCUGUUUCUGUCUUGGUUGUUAACUGGUUCUGUGGAAACCCUUUGAGGAAUGAAGGUCGUUUCUUUGUGCCGGGAGAAUGGCAUAGAUAUCCAUGCUGUCAUUUUGCACUAUAUUGAAUACAAUGUGCUUGGCAAGAUAUUCUGUGGAACCUCAAAGCUGUGUGCUUUCGUUAAGCUCUGGAGUCCACGCUGUGAGCCAGAGUCUCUAGGGCUGUAGGGUAAAGUGCAGGAAAAGGGAGGAGCAAGUGUGGAAGGCCUGCACUCUGCAGCUGUACUGAGUCCCUGAUGCUCUGCAGGCAGAAGCAGCUCUAAGCAGUUGACUGUCCCCACGUGCUCCUCGGCAAAAAGGGUGUUCAAGGCAAGUGCUUUAAAGUGGAGAUUAUCACAAGCAAAACAUGGAACUAUAUGUUCCCCUGGCACAUCUUCCCGUGACAUUCAGAGGAUCUUUGUGUGAGCAGGGAAUCGGAUAGUCCAGAGUUCUCCUCUCUGCUCUGCGUGUUUAUCUGUGUGCUGGGUUCCAGCGUGAGCAAUCUGCUUCCCACCUCUUCUUCACCCCUAAAACCAAGAUGAUGAUAGCAGUAGCUUUAUCUGCUUUGCAUGAUUUUUUUCAAGGAUUUGGAAAACUAGAAGGACCCUGUGUCAUUGUUGUGUUAAUGGAGAAUGCGUGCAUUGCUCUGAAGUAGUUGUUUGGGGCUUAACAUUUGGUCAGUGAAGCUCAGACUAUAUUUGGAGUUAGGCUAGAGAGUACUUCAGAGCACUCUCUGAGCUGUUGAUAUAAUCUGGUCUUACAGCUGAGAAGACUGUGGUGUUACACCAGUACCUGUUACUUCUUUUUAAACUCUUCCUUCUUCGCAUUCGUGAUGUUACUGAGGCUCUGAAUUCCAAGGCUUUGCAGCACAGUUGACGUGAAAACCGUGUGUCUUGUUACAGUGGCGCGUAUCUUGGAGUGUCUGGUACUUCUAAUAGGAGACUUCCCACUCUUCAGUGGGAGUGGAGGGUGUACAUAAAAACAAUGGUUUGGGACAAAGUAAGAUUAAUCUAUUCUAGUCUUCCAGAUAUCAAGUAACUUAUUUUAUUACUGUGUUUUACUCUUUCUUUCUCCCAUUGAAAUUGUCAUUCCCUCCAGGUAACGUAGUUAUAACCUCAUGUUUUCUACAGGUACAUAUGCACAAUAUAAAGACUUGUUGCACGGUACAGUGUUUUUAAAGUAGAUAUUUAAAUAGUAGUUUUACUCCUACUGUAAAAUAAGGGUCAGUUUUUAUUAUGUGGCCCUCAAGCAAGCAGGCAACUGCUCUAAAUAGACAGUACUCAAAGCCCCGAAAAGUGUCUGGGGCCGGAUCUUCAGCUGCUGUAAAUAAGGCAUUGCUCCACGGAUUCCCAAGGAUUUAAAAUGGUGUUUAGGGGAUAUGGAUGCUCAUUCUCCACACAUGUGAAUGUCAGUGAGUGUCCAAGCCCUGCAGACAGUCUUUAUUAUCAAGUUCUGUUUUUUAAAUGGAAGGUAUGUCCAUCUGGCAUACAUGUUCCUUCUUCUCCCUCUCUCUUCUCUUACGAAUGAGAAUAAAGGAUCAUUUCAGCUUCACAUAUGUUUGUAAAUUGUAAGUCCACUGGAAAUGUUACAGGAAACAUUGCCAAAUUCUACUACUUUUCUGGUCCCAGACUCAGCUUUGAAAAAUAUGCUUAAAGUUUCAGCAAAUUCCUACAAAGCAUGAUGUUAAGAACCCUUUGUUCUUCACUGCUUUUAGUUAAAGCUGCCUCUGUUUUGCCCAGAGUGUUGCAGAGAACCAGAAAUAAGUAUAUCAAAUGCUCUGUCUGGACUAUUUGCAGCAUUAUUCCUGUGGUCUUACCUGAAGGACAUUUCAGCCAUGUAAAUCACAGACAUCUAUCGGCCAGGUCCUCGGCUGGGCUGAACUAGCACAGUUCCACUGACUUUCAUGUCCGUUAGCACCAGCCGAGAAUAUGGUCCAUUCAUUUCACUGGAGUGGGUCAGGGUGGAUUUCGCCCAGUACAUGGUGACAGUGUGAACCAGUGCACAAGGCUGAGAGUUAGAACUGAGCGGUCACGGUCUAUCGAAGCAUAUACCUCUUUCCAUUUACAGCUUUACCCUGCCUGUGGAGUCAGGAAGACACAUUCAGAAAGCUGCUUUACCCAGAAAUAAGUCUGGAACUGUCUUUAUUGUUAUUACUAUCAAUCCAAGGUUAAUGACAAUAAUGGACAGAUUCUGAUUUCAAGUCCUGCAAAAUCACCUCAAUAACAAUUUUCAGUUAAAUUAAGCAGGGCAGAAUUUGACCCCAUGUGCACAGGAGCUUUUCCCAUAGGCAGAUUUCUGACUUCUCUUAGCAAGGGCAGAUGAACAAUCAAUAGAGUCCAUCUCUUAGCUUCAUCGAAAAUACAUGUGCAGGACUCUGGGUGCACGAAUCGCCUUGUGCUUGUGAUCAAGAAACAUCUCAAAUCAUAAAAAGAAUAAUGAUUUUGUAACUCUGGAAACAAAAGUAAUUAUAUUUUACAAGCACGGAGACCUGAAGUCUUCCUGUAUCUCCUAGCAGUUAUUAUCUUGAAGGAUAUUUUAUACCCUGUAUGUUUCAUAUAAUUUAAAACUAGCUUCUUACAUUUCUGAACUCGAGAGCGUGAAUCUUCUGACUUUUGGGAUUCACAUUCAGAGGAUAUUUGUUCUUUUGCUGCAUGUACUGUUUGUCCAGAACUAACCAGUUACUUCUGCGAUAUGGGUUUAUUGUGCCUUACAACAAAUACGAGACUUAAGCGGAAUGUACGCCUUAGAGGAGGGAAUAAUCAGAAGUCUUUACUGCACUGUUAGAUGAUGCCGCCCCAGAGUGUGUCAUCAAGCAUAUCUGUGCUGAAUUACCCAACCAAAGAGAUCUAAAGUAUGUAUGUUUGUUGUACUGUAAUAGGGGUUUGUGCCUGGACAAUUAAGUGUUUUAUUUGUAUUCUGAGAUGAUGUGAACUUAUUUUUCUAAACACUAUACUGAAUAAACUUUAUAUUUAUACACAUCUUGUGUAAGUAUUUCCAUUUGGAGACCAUGUCAGGGCUUUGAAUUUUGUGUUGGAAGAGCAAUCUAAAGUAGAAACAGC